CUCGUAGUGACGUCACUUGGGCGGACAUCUUUGCUUUGCAAAGGCGAUUUUGGGCUGCCGCAUAUUUGGGAAAACUACGGAAUUUAAGCAAAAGCCAAAGUUUCAUUUCUCUUUGCAGUCGUGGAUUUUUCUCAUUUUUGGACAUUAUCCACAUGCUGGCUUCGUCCUCGGAUUAUACGUCUGGACGAAGGAGGAUUUUAGACCACUAUGUUCAAGUGUAUUCCGCUAUUUCGGGCCUGCAACAGGCACGUCGAAUACAUCGACAAGAGACAUUGCAACCUGCCGGGAGUACCGGACGAUGUGUAUCGCUAUGCACGCACACUGGAAGAGCUGCGGUUGGACGCUAAUCAAAUCAGAGAUUUACCAAGACACUUCUUUCGCUUAACCAAUCUCCGUCAUCUUGGACUAAGUGAUAAUGAAUUGGAGAGACUGCCAGCGGAGAUAGGCAAUUUCAUGAAUCUCUUGGAGCUAGAUGUGAGCCGCAAUGAUAUCAUGGAAAUACCGGAUAACAUCAAAUUUUGCAAGGCUCUGACCGUUGUUGAUUUCAGUGGAAACCCAUUAUCAAGACUACCACCCGGCUUCACACAACUCCACGAUCUCAGACACCUCACACUGAAUGAUGUCUCCCUGGAGAGUCUACCACAGGAUAUCGGAAGUAUGUCCAACCUGGUAGCCAUGGAGCUGAGGGAGAACCUGCUGAAGGUGCUCCCUGACUCCCUCUCGUUCCUGGUCAAGCUGGAGACGCUGGAUCUAGGAAGCAACGAGCUGGAGGAACUCCCAGAGACCCUCGGAGCUCUACCUAACCUCUCAGAGCUCUGGCUGGACUGCAAUCAACUCACCAUCCUCCCACCGGAGAUCGGAAACCUAGGUAACCUCACAUGUUUAGAUGUAUCAGAGAACAACCUGCAGUGUUUACCAGAUGAAAUAGGAGGUCUUCAGAGUCUCACAGAUCUCACCUUGUCACAGAACUGCCUAGAAAAGUUACCUGAAGGAAUUGGUAAAUUGAAAGAGCUGAGCAUCCUCAAAAUAGACCAGAAUAGACUAAUUACCCUUACACCAGCAAUUGGGAGCUGUGAAAACAUGCAAGAGCUUAUCCUGACAGAAAACUUAUUACAGGAAGUUCCACCAACGGUCGGUUCCUUGAGACAUCUUAACAACUUCAACGUAGACCGAAACAGAUUAACCCAGCUCCCAGCUCAGAUCGGGAAAUGCACACGUCUCGGCGUCCUAUCCCUCCGAGACAACAGACUUCUUCGUCUCCCGCCCGAGCUGGGUCAACUACGAGAGCUUCACGUUCUGGAUGUAUGUGGUAAUCGGCUGGACUGGUUACCCAUCCAGCUGGCAAAUUGCAACCUAAAAGCUCUCUGGCUCUCAGAAAACCAGUCCCAACCUAUGCUGAAUUUCCAGACAGAAGAAAUAGGACCACAGAGGCUGAAAGUCUUAACAUGUUUUCUUCUACCACAGAAGGGACCAUCAGAGGGAAUGGAUGUUUUGACAGAUUAUGACAACUUGAACAUCGGUGCCCUGGACACAGAUGCAGUCAACCUAGAGGGUAGAGCCAGGAUGGCCAUGUUUGCUGACGGAGUCGUCGAUAACGAAGGAAAAUCAACCCCGUUCUCAAGACAAGACACACCCCACCCCAAGGAUCUCAAGUCCAGACAUCCCAAGUACUUCCAGGUUAAAGAGGGUGGCAAGUCAGAAGAUGAAGCCGAACCGACAGAGAAUGGUGGGGUAGUCUUAGAGAAUGGACACACAGUGAGCCCCCACGUCGAGGUCCAGCAGCAGUACGUCUCGCCUGUCGCCGAGGGCAGGGGGGUCUCGUUCGACAGCAACGUUGCACCCACCAUCGCCGUGACGACGUGCUCUGCCCCUGAUGCGGAGACAGGAGGCAGGUCAGAUCUGGUAGAUGGGCUAGAGGAUAAGCUCUCUGUGGAUGGUAGGACAGGAGGUCUCACACCCGAAGACUCAGAUAACGAUGGGGACAGGCACGUGGGGUUUGCGAGUGACGUAGAAGACCAGCUGACGUCGGAAGACAUCAGGUUACAUCGGCGAGACACGCCGCACUAUCUCAAGAACAAACGGGUAGACAUGGUCGGGGAGCCCGACGCGGAGACAACGGCGCUGUUAGAGAAGGUGAUUGCUAGGAAUUCAGUGAGUUCGGUGGGCAUGGACACCCAGGAAGAGAAGAUGGUGAUAAACUUCAACCGUGAUGGCAGUGGUCUUGGUAUUAGUAUAGCUGGUGGGAAAGGCUCCACACCUUACAAGGGAAAUGAUGAGGGUAUCUUCAUUUCCAGGGUAGUAGAAGGAGGAGUAGCAGCCAAAAAUGGUCUCGCACUAGGCGACAAAAUUCUAGCAGUAAAUAGCACCAACUUGGAGAACGCAGAUCAUCUGGAAGCGGUAGAAGCGCUGAAGGCUGCAGGUAACAGCAUCCACAUGGUGGUCACCAGGGAGGUGCUCGUAUCCUCUGAAAACAAAGCUCAGGAAAAACAACCCUCCUCUCAGACAAUGGAACCUUCCUUAGAUGAACACGGGCUGAAUACAUCGACACAGCCGCCCUCUACCCAGGAGAAUCCCAGCGAUGACUCAGCUGCCGAGCGCUCGGGAGUCAAGUUUGCCCCUGAGCCUAAAUUCCAUCAUCUUACAGAGAGAAUAACCCUUCGGUUAGUGAAGGAUAGCAAUGGUCUUGGCUUCAGCAUCGCAGGGGGAAAAGGUUCACCUCCCUUUAAAGGAACUGACGAUUCAAUAUUCAUCUCCAGGAUAUCAGAAGGUGGUGCUGCCGACAGGACGGGUGCCUUGCAAGUUGGUGACAAGGUCUUAAAGAUAAACAAUGUAGAAAUGGCAGAGGCAAGACACGAGAUGGCAGUAGCACUGUUAACAAAGAGCAAAGAGAUUGACCUGGUUGUUCUAAGGGAAACCAUGGAGAUUGAGCAUCAUGAACCAUUAGUCAAACAUGAUCCUCCAGAAUUCAGAUACCGCAUGAACGGUCCCAACGGACCUGCAGAGGAGCUUGAGACGGAGGAGGUCUUACUCAAGAGGACGCGGGGCCCUCUCGGUCUUAGUAUAGUCGGUGGUAUAGAUCACUCAAGUCAUCCGUUUGGAGGCGACGAGCCGGGCAUCUUCAUCUCAAAGAUUGUCCCGAAUGGUUCAGCGGCCAGUACCAAUCUGAGGGUGGGUGAUCGUCUUCUCAUGGUAAACGGCAAGGAGAUGAAGGAUGCUACCCACCAGUAUGCUGUCAAUACACUCCUCUCAAACUCACAACACAUUCACUUAGUAGUCAGGCAUGAUCCUCCUCCCAAGGGACUCAUAGAAAUCAAAGUUCCCAAAGCUCCUGGUGAAAAGUUAGGUAUCAGCAUUAGGGGAGGGAACAAGGGUCAUCCAGGCAACCCCCUCGAUCGAAAUGAUGAGGGAAUUUUCAUCUCAAAGGUCAACGAAGUUGGUGCAGCAGCUCGUGACGGGAGGUUAAGAGUGGGACAGAGGAUAUUAGAGGUGAACGGCCAGAGCAUGUUGGGUUCCCGGCACCGAGAGGCUGUGAUGGCCCUCCGGGGAUGCGGAGACAUGCUCAGCAUCCUAGUAUGUGAUGGCUUUGAUCCCAGUGAGGUAGCCUACUGGCAGUCCAGGCCAGGGUGCGCCGGCAACCCCCUAUCCCAGGUGGACCUCAGCAAGAGGAACAGCCAGGAGAGCAUCUCCUCCAUCGAUAGGGACAUGACCACCGAGGAGCUCAACAGGUUAAAUCAGGAAGCUGAGUUUCAGUUAGAAGCCCAGGAAUUUGAGGAAGAGGAAUUAGCCAAACUGGAUCAAAGAGAGGAAGAGAUGAGGAGACAACGAGAAGAAGAAACAAGGAGAUUAACGGAGGAAAAUGAGGAAAACUUCCAAAAGAUAAUUAGGAGAAACGUUACCCCUCCUGCCCGGCAAAAAACCUUUGCCCAGGAGCAGGAAGAAGAAGAGACCGAUGACGAGGAGGUGGACACGCCCUUGCCGCGUCUCAGGAGUCCGGACUCGGAAGAAGAUUUGAUAAAAGAAGAGUUGAUUCCCCUGCGGGUCGAUACAGAGAUUGAAAUCAGUUCCAAGCAACAAACCCAAACAACAGAAAAUGGAACGGCAGAUGAUGAUGAUGAUCUUCCUCUCCCACAAGCAAAGCCAAGGAAAAAGGCGCCGCCCCCGGUGGCCCCAAGGCCCCGAAACGCCUUCCGUGGCAUUCGAAACUCGAGUACGAGCAGCACGGCCUCCCGAUCCUCCAGUGUUUCAACCCCGCCCGGGUCUCCUGAGCCCACACCUCCAGAAGAUGAAAAGCUUGCGUCGGAUGGUCCAGAGCCCUCAAAAUUAGCCUUCAAAGACAAGUGGAAACGGUUUGAACAACAGAUCGAUGAGCAGUCACAUUCUACACCUAAGACAAAUACAAAGAAAGUAUCUCUUGUCAGUGAUCAAGACCUUCAGAAGAUCAAAGAAGAUGAACAGAAGAAGGUGUCAACGAUGUCACCUGAUGAUCUUCUCAACUACUCACAGGGUGGCUUAGAUGAGAAUAAUACAUUCAAUGCCAGUAUAUCAAUUAGUCCUAUUGGUGCAAAGAAAGAUAACAACUCUGAAUUAUCAGCAUCGGAGCUCAGGUCAAGGGAAGCUGACGAGAAAGCAAAGUUAAGAGCUGCAAGGAUAAAAGCGCUAGAAGACGAUGCAUUACAAGCUGAAAGGGUGCUUCAUAAAACACAAGAAAUCAACAAACUGAAAUCCCCAGAAUCAGAAUCAAAACCUAAGGAAAAUGGUGAAAACAAGUCAGGGUUAACGAUAUCGGCCGGUGGUCUUAAUAGCCUCGACGAGAUCCAGUUUAUGGAUGAAGGCGACGAAGGUACAGCAGUGUAUUAGGGAGAAGUUCAUGCAGGGAUUACUGUGAUCUGUAUAUGUCUCACACGUCGUGAAAUGGACACUGAUUCAGCGGGACCUUGAUCAUUACAACGGAGGCCGUGAGAAGUCAAAGCUUGUCAUUACGAUAUAAACAGCGAUUUUACAACCUUUGUGAUUGGUCGAAAGAAAGUGUGUGUUAGGAUCGGUGCCAGUGAUCGGCCAAUGCCUCUCUUUUUAUCUUUCCCCAACAAAACAUUUUUAUUGCAAACAUUGCCUUGCAAAGGUGCUGGGAUGGAGAGCGCCCCCCUCGUGGUUGUGACGUGCAGAAGUCGCGUGCUAGUAAAGGAGAUAAUUCUCUGCUUGGUGCUAUGAUGGGCAAUCAACUUGGACAAGACGAAAGCCAGAAGUGUUGCUCACCGUCACCAAGCUUUUAACGAUUUUCGUCAAUAUGCCGUUUUAAUCUCAUCUGCUGGAUUUAUUUUAAACAAUUUGAAAUAUUUUAAGCAACUUUUUAAUGGAAUGGAUCUCCAUAUUGUGUGUAUCUGCAAAAUUUCUUAUCAGCAGAGAUCAACUGUGGGAGUGUUUUGUCACAGUCUGCAAGAUUGCCGAGGUACAACUGCUGACUGAUUUUGAUUGGUUUGGUUUCUUUCAAGAAAAUGAAGCUAUGAAGAAAGAAAAAACAACCAAAAACCUUAAUUUUUUGUCACUGAAACUGCCUGCCAUGUGAUCACCAGUCGGACGUUAAUAAUGACAAUGUUGUAAAUAAUUCUGAAAUGGAAAACAAUAUUCACCAAUAUUACUGCCAAGAGAUCAUAUUUCGUUUUCUUUUCUAUUAAAUUAAGUGAUAUUUUGAAGUGAUAUUCACCUAUAAAAUGAUGAUUUAUGUAUAUUAUGUGUAGACUCUUAUAUACAAAAAAGAAUUAUGCAUUUUCAUUAUUAUUUAUUCCUUUUUUCCACUCGAAAAGUUAAGAUGAGCGUGCUCAGGUCAAGUGUGGUAAACUCUGAUCUGUAUUUUGAAUUCCAAAGAUCAGGGAGGGUGAAAUUUUGGGACCAAUUCAUCGUCUUUGGAAUUUAGAGGGGAAUUCGUGUGCAUGUAAUUAAUGAUUUGAUCAAAUGUAUUAGUUGGAAGAAGACUAGUAGUGGUGAAACUACAACGCAUUUAUACUCCCAGUGAUUGUAUGAAAAUACACGAUUGACGUCCGCCUUUGAUCAGAAAAUAUGACAGUAAAAAAAAAGAUUCUUAUAAAGUAUAUCUUGAGGAUGAUUAUAAAGAAGCUUCCCCCCCCCC